AUGGUUGUGACUACACGGACAGACAGACAUCAUGUCACCGUAAACGGCAGUGAAAGGGAUGUAGAUGAGACUACAGCCCUUAUAGGGUCCAGCAAGAUCAAGUAUGCUGGUGACACACCAGACAUUUCGGGUGGUUCAUCAGGGUCAUCUAGCGACAGCGACGAGGAGGAAAAACCCUUGCCCAAGCUGCAGAUUUUGCUACUCUGCUAUGCACGCGCAAUAGAGCCCCUGGCCUUUUUCUCUAUCUUCCCCUAUGUCAGUCAGAUGGUACAGGAAAACGGAGGCUUGGCAGACACGGACGUUGGCUUCUACAGUGGACUCAUCGAGUCAAUGUUCUCCCUAACACAGGCCAUUGUCAUGAUAUUAUGGGGCCGGGCAGCAGAUUACCUCGGCCGCAAGCCGGUCCUAGUCUCCUCCUUGUUCGGAGUGACCGUGGCGACUGGCCUCUUUGGCUUGGCAAGAACCAUACCACAGAUGAUCAUGUUUAGGUGUCUUGCUGGUGUCUUUGCUGGAACCAUCGUCACAAUUCGCACCAUGGUAGCCGAGCACAGCACACCCAGUACCCAGGCCCGGGCGUUCAGCUGGUUCGCCUUUAGCGGGAACGUGGGAAUGUUACUGGGACCUUUACUGGGCGGUGCACUUGCUGACCCGGUACGACAGUACCCUGGUGUUUUUGGGGCUUUCAGCUUCUUCGAAAAAUAUCCUUACGCCCUCUCGAGCUUGGUGGUAGCGAUGGUGGGAGCCACCGCUGCCCUGUCUAGCGCCUUCUUUGUUGAGGAGACGUUAAAGAAGGAGUCAGUUGUGGUGGGCCGUGAUGGCGAGGCAGCAUGCGAUGCGCCAGCCCAGAGUGGUGACCUAUCGACACGGCAGCUUCUCAAGUCGCGGGGUGUUGGUAUGGUCUUGUACAUUUACGGGCAUAUCAUGGUCCUUGCCUUCGCUUACACGGCCAUUAUUCCCCUCUUUUGGUUCACUCCCAUAGAGCUCGGAGGGUAUAACUUCACACCUCUACAGAUUUCGAUGAUGAUGGGUCUAAACGGCGCCGCACAAGCUGCAUGGCUCCUCUUGGUGUUCCCCCCAUUGCAGAAGAAGAUCGGGUCCAAUGGAGUGAUACGUCUCUGCGCUUACGCCUAUCCGUUCUUCUUCCUAUGCUGUCCUCUUGGCAAUUUGCUUCUGCGGAGGGGCACAGAUGCAUCUGUUAAAGCCUUUUGGAUUCUCUUACCCAUCACCCUAGCAAUCGGCUGCGGAGUCAGCAUGAGCUUCACGGCGAUCCAGCUCGCCCUGAAUGACGUUGCACCCUCGCCGAGGGUGCUGGGCACACUGAAUGCGCUGGCCUUAACCAGUGUUAGUACACUGAGAGCCUUUUGCCCUGCUCUCUUCAACAGUCUCUUCGCUCUGGGGGCAAGGACACAGCUGGCAGGUGGCCAUGCCAUCUGGAUACUCAUGCUCAUACUUGCAUCAGGCUUACCAAUUACAGCAAAAUACCUGCCAGAGCCCCAGGCAGCUGUCAAGCGCCGGAACAGCCAGGUUACUUGA